CGCCGACAGAUGGCUCUCGCGGACACAAACAACAAGGCUCGCAGGAAAAGAAAGUGUGACUCAUCUGUCAAAGUCACGUCUCGUAAAUCCCCUUUUCCUGCGCCAUGGACGGCCACGUGAACAUCGACAGGGAUGAGAAGACGCUGUCAGUGGAGGAGAGCGGGAGCAGGAGCGGGAAGAAGAGGAGAAGGUCGCAGAAUCAGGACGUGUCUGCCUCUCAGCCACCCACUCAGAGCUCACGUCCCGAAGGCGAGAGUGCAAGGCCUGGUGCACUUGAUACAGAAAGUGCAUACAACAACAGCCAAACGAGGGACCCAGCAACACAGGGUGUAGUGAGAAGACACCCUAGAGGUGGAGGAGGCGGGGGGGGUGGCGAUGCUGGUGCUCGGGGGGAAUCGGAGGGUAGGGAUGGACAUGUCUCGGCCAGUACGAGAGGAAAUGUACAGGAUGCAAGACGGAUGAUGCAGCCCCAGAGUGAGUGGGAAGAGUUAGAGGAAGAGGAAGAAGAGUUGAAGUAUGGUGCACAGCAUGUCAUCAAGUUGUUCAUCCCAGUAUCUCUGUGUAUGCUGGUGGUGGUGGCCACAGUAUCUUCAGUCAGAUUUUACACCCAGAAGGGAAUAUAUCUACUUUACACCCCAUUCCAUGAAACUUCACCUAGUUUUGGAGAUCGGUUCUUUGACGCUGUGAGAAAUUCACUGAUUCUCCUAGGUGUCGUCGUGGUCUUAACAGUCCUCCUCAUCAUUUUAUACAAGAAAAGAUGCUACAAGAUUAUCCAUGGUUGGCUCCUCAUGUCCUCUCUGUUGCUGCUCUUCUUUUUCACCAUAAUGUAUAUGCAGGAGCUCCUGCGAGGUUACAACAUCGGUAUGGACUGGAUCACAGUGUCGAUAUGCGUGUGGAACUUUGGCGUGAUGGGGAUGGUGAGCAUCCAUUGGCACGGCCCCCUCCCUCUUCAGCAAGCCUACCUCAUCUUCAUUGCCUCUCUCAUGUCGCUCAUGUUCAUCAAGUACCUGCCGGAGUACACUUUGUGGAUGGUACUGGCUGUAAUAUCCCUGUGGGAUUUGGUUGCUGUUCUCUGUCCAAAAGGCCCCUUGAGGAUAUUAGUUGAGACUGCACAGGAAAGGAAUGAACCUAUUUUCCCAGCUCUCAUUUAUUCCUCAAACUUCAUGUACAGCACCUUGGGUAUGGCAAACCCAGACGAUGACUCGAGAUCACAGGGGAGAGAGAUGGCUCAGGAAGGUACAAGCAACAGUGGAUCAGCUGCAUCAGGGGCCGAGGGAACACAGAGACCCAGGGACAACCCCCAAAGGAGAAGAAAUGCUGAAAACGGUCAUGUGGUCACUGAUGAUGCUGGAUUCACAGACGACUGGAGAGGACAAUUAGAUAAGAGAACGAGGCAGAGACGGGAGCAGGUCAACAACUUUGCUCAGCAAAACCCCUCAAACGUCGAUUACCCUCAAGCGCAUCCACGUGACCUUACUGCCGAAGAAGAUGAUGAGAGAGGUGUCAAGCUCGGGCUUGGAGACUUCAUCUUUUACUCUGUGUUGGUGGGCAAGGCCUCGUCCUAUGGUGACUGGAAUACCACACUGGCUUGCUUCAUUGCCAUUUUGAUCGGACUUUGUCUCACACUCAUCAUGUUAGCCAUCUUCAAGAAAGCACUUCCGGCUCUCCCCAUCUCAAUUACCUUUGGAUUGAUCUUCUACUUCUCGACUUCCUUGUUAGUUGUUCCUUUCACAGAGAAAUUAGCAAGUCAACAAGUAUAUAUAUAGUACAAGCCAAAGUAAUUAAGUGCAAAGGAGAUUACUUGUUCAUUUAUCUUUACAAUUCUUGUAGAUACAGAGGGCAUCGGGGGAAAGUGUGAGUGACUGGGUAAGGAACAUAAUUUUGAAAGGCAGGGAAAAAAAAGGUUUCUGUACUUUAAUUUACUUUCAGAGUGAGUGUGAUGAAUAGUGGAAGGAAAACCCUCUCUAUUGGAUUUUUAUUAAUGUUCCCUUUGUAUCGAUAUUCUUAGAAAAUAAAUUAUUGUUUCUGGUGAUAGGGAGGCAGUGAAGUUUGGAGAAUAUGCUACUCCAAAAAAGUCUCAAAGGAUAGGUAUGUAAUGUAAUUACUGCUAUGUCAGUAUGUACAGAAUUGAUGAAACCAAAAGAGUCAUAGAACUUGUAAGAAUAUUUUGAAGAUGUGAAUAAGGAAAAUAUUGAGUUAUACAUUCAAAUGAACUUCAAAUGGUUGUAUUCUCUAGGUGGUCGGAGGAUUUUGCUCUAGUUUCAAAAUGUAAGACUAACUUCAGGCAGGUCACUGCCUGGUAUGUAUAUUUCUUAGAUAUUUCUUUGUUUUACAUUCCCAGUACUACUCUCUUUAGAUAUUAAAUACUUUUAUAGUUUUUUUCCUGGCAAGAAAUUGGAGUUCCAGUUUGUAAAUUAUAAAAUAAGCAAAUAUAAUUUUGUAUGCAACCUUGCUAGGGUAAAAAGACAUUUGUGGUAAAUUUUGUGUACUGUGCUAAGUUUUGAACAGAAAAAUUACAUUAGGCAUAUAGUUAAGCAUAUUUCCAUGUCCUGUUUCAUUUAUGAAAUGAGCUGUAGAAUUUGAGUAACUUAACAGAUCCUGAGAAAAGCUCUGUUUCAUGCUUGCUGUACUUCUGAUAGCUUUUGGAAGAAGAGGGAUACAUACUGCCAUAAGAAGUUAACAACAUCGCCAAAAACCAAUAACAGUUAUUUAUUAAUUUUACAGCACACUUUAAGCUUUAAUUCUUCAUAUGUAUGAUUUCUCAAGCCUUUCAAAGGCUUUUCAUCCUAUUACUUGUGUACUAAUUUUUAGGUGUGUAGAUACUUUUGUGUCAGGUUGAAUGAUUGCUGCCGUUGUCGGUGCUCUCACUUUACGUCAUCUUUAUCACAGAGGCUUCAUUGCUUUAUCUAUUAAGAUCUUAACACAUACCUGCACUUAAUACCAAUUGCUUUUCAGGGAUUGCCAUUAUCAGUUUUUACAAAGUGUACAUAAAGUAUCAAAAGUCUUUUGUGAAAAUGUACAACAGUUUUUUAAAAUUGCUCCUUUAGAAAGUAUGUAUGAUUUCAUAGACCUUUGAAAUGAGAAUAUUAGAUAAUUAAUGUAAGAUAAGAAUGACAUAAUACAUUUUGUUAAACUUAACGCCAACAUAAUAUCCCACACAGUUUUUGUGUGUUUCAGAACUAAAAGAUAUGAAAGCGUCUAUCGCCUUGAGAUGGGCUGAAUUAUGAUAGGAUAAAGAGGUGGUAAAGAUCAAGAGAUUUUUCAAAGUAUUUACAUUCCAGAGGUAUUUCUUAUGAGUGAGAGUAAUAGACAACUGUGUAACUGUCUUAUGAAUAAAGAUGAAUAUUAUU